AUGGGUGGAUCAAGUAAUGGAGUGUUACUGUUGUUACUUGCAGCCGCUGGCGUAUUUGCGAUAGGAGCCGUGACUUUGCUGAUAACCAAGUCCUACAUUCAGAAGGAAACCCGAGAUGAUUACGAGGACUUGCUCGUACAAGAUGACUCAGCCGAGCCCCAAAGCACCUUGAUGCAAGACUCAGUUAUGGUUCAUGACGUAGCGUUCUAA